AUAGUUCCUGUGUGGAGACUCUGGACCAGUGCUGCUGUGCCCGCUCCGAGGGUGGCACCGAGUACGAACUUUCCCAACCAGCCUCUCUUUCCCCGGGGUGAGAAGGAACCGUUACCCUGGCUCACCUUCCGGACUACUGCUGCUGCUGUUGUCGUCGUCGUCGUGGAAAACCUCCCCGCUCGGAGGGCAACAUUAACAUGGCCGCGGACAGGACUUGUUGCUGGCUUACCUCCCAGCUGGGGGCUUCCAGGAGAUACGAAGUGCUUAAACUUGACACCAGCACCGUGGAAGUCAGCACGGACUCGUCUCAGAGGGCCGGUUGACAGCGGGGCUCUGAUGUGUGAAAAGAGAGCUGAUAUCUGCUGUGCCAUGCCUGAGUGACAGUGAGAAGGUAACCUUAACGGUUCGUGUUACAACAGAGUGGCAGGUAUAAAUGUCAGCAACACAGUGGACGAGUUUCGCUUUCGGUACAUUCACACUGAAUUCCAAACAGUCAGAGUGUGCGCCAUUUUUGUUUUAAACUUUAGCAUUCGGGCCGUACCAUUCAAGAGGGGGGUUCUGUGACUCUCGCUAAACGACAGAUUUUCUCAAGCAUCGAUAAGCGUUAUUUUUGCGUUUUUUUACCUAGACCUACGCUUUAAUAUCAAAAACAGUGAUACAGCGCGGAAAAGAGAUAUCGUAUUGCUUUAUUUCUAAUGACACACACACAGUACAAACCCCCUACAUGCAUUAAAUAGGGAAGUCGAAUCCUAGGACUACAAAUUUACGCCCCCUAUGUGACUGUCGGAAUUGCCAGAAUUACAAGAUGGCAGUGCACCUGCUCACUGAGCAAGCCUGUGAAAUUGAGUUUUAUAUUAAGUGGUUUGCUUAAGUGUCUGAUCACCUUACGAUUAAAAACGGCAGUCAUCCUCCAAAAGGACUCAAUCCCUUUAACUACACACUAAUGCAUCAGAAUGUGUUCUGUCCAAUUUUUCAAAUUGCAUUUAAAUCCAAUGCAAUCAAAUACUGCUAAAAUAUGAAGUUGUACUCUUUAUAUUUGUCUUUAUAAACUCUUUUUUUUUCAGAUAAGAACCCCUCACAGAUAAAAACGUAUUUGCUAUUAUUACAGUAUUUGCAGAACGUGUACUGUGUUUCAUUGGUGCUGCCUCUGUUUUUUUUCUUCAUUUCCCUCUGGGAUUAAUAAAGUAUCUAUCGAUCUAGCUAUCUAUCUGAAUGCAGGAUUAAGAUACACUUGAGCCCCUAAAUUAUCUAUAUCUGUGAUUUAAGAAAAGUAAGAUCUUGAUUUCAAAGAAUAAUGUCCUCCAAAUCAAACCAUUAAAUGAUCUUUUAUUUAAAUGUGAUAAGAUGAAUUUGUUCCAAAAAUAGAAGGCUUGACAACACCAUGAUAUAUUAGAACAGAAAGCAAAAUGUUUGCUGUUAGGACUAAACAUUUUUUGGGGAAAAAAAUCUUUACUUCAAAUCUGAAAAUUUUACAAAAGCUACAUUUGACCUUUGUGGAUCAUAGCCAGCACCCCAAAGUACUAAGUGUUCAUCAAAGUGUAAAAUAUGAUCACAUAAAAACUUAUUUGAUAUGUAACUGCAGUUAUCAAGAAAAAAGAGAGAGAUGCAAUUAUGUGUGCAGUCUGUCCACAGUGUAUCUCAUAUCUCGUCUCCCACAUGCUGCAUGCAGAUGCGUGUGCAUAUUGCCUAGUGUGCAACACUCAAACGGGCUGUCAGUCAGACUAUUCACAUUUCCGCCUGGCGGAAACUGACAAAAAAAGGAACCAGCCUUGCUUUCAGAGGUGACAAGCAGACAGAGCUACCCAGACCACAAUCUGCCCAGCCCGAGAAAGGAGAAGCUGCUACACAUUUCACUUGAAAUCCUGGGAAACUUUUUCAGAGAUCUGACAGAAGCACAGGGGUCAAAGAGUUCCCAUUUAUCAAAGCCUUGGACAGAGGAGAACGAAGGUAGUGCCUUUUCCAGAGUGUACAUAUGAUGGUGUAACUGCAUGAGGGGAUGGGUGAAAUAAGAGCAGUGUGAAAGUUAGGACUGGGUGUGUUUGUGUGGGGCGUCUGUGUUAAACAUGUAAUUGUAUGGUCAUCAUAAGGAUCAUGUCACAUGACACAAUAUUGUGUAUAAAGUGAGUUGAUCACCGUUUACAAUUUAUCGAUCAUGCAGAGACAGAGACAAAGAGAGUUCAGGCCUCCCAGCAGAGAAAGGGUGUAGCCUGUUCAUGGUAACGCUGGGGUUUUAUUGCAGUAAUACAGCUUGUAUUUUGUUGUACAUAUUUCUGUCAACGCAGAAAUGGGGAAAUAAAAUGAAACUUCUGUAGAGUCAUAUCUUUAAAAAAGGCUUCAGUUUGAGUUGCUGUAUUUUUGUUGACUGAACUUCUUACUGAGAGAGGGUCAGAAAGCGGAAGUGUGUGUGCCUGAUGAUAGUUCAAGUAAGAACAGGAAGUGCACAUCCAAUUGGACACAUCGUAUGUAUGUGUGUCAGUUUUACCCUGUGUCAUGUGAUAUUGAGUUUGUAUCUGUUUGUAUGGAUUAGCGGUUCACCUAUCCACAUUUUUUGUCAUUUAAGGUUUCACAUUAUUCAAACUAUGAAGCUGUGUAAUGCGUCUUUCAAACAUAUAUUAGUUCAUGCAUAUAUGAAACUCAUUUCAAAGGCAGCCAAUCCAAAACUAAUUUUAAAGACUAAAAGUUUUAUUACUGAUAUAAAAUGAAUAAAUAGUUGAUCAUUUGAGUGCAUUUGUUGAGCAGCUUUUCAUAAUCAUACUGUUUGUUUGGUAAAAAGUGUUACUCUGUUAUUUUACUGUCUCAUUUUUCUUUCUUGCUUUCUUCUCCUCUCCUGAAAUCCUCUCGACUGUCAGAUCUUCUCUCUCUUUCUCCCAGUAAUGGCAGCAUGGGACCUGUCAGUCACAGUGGAGGACCUGGGCCCUGAUGCUCCACCUGUCACAAUCAGUGUCGCUUCAGACCUCCACGUUGGUGGGGUCAUCCUAAAGCUGGUGGAGAAGACACGUAGGUUGCUGUCUGUCUGUCUUUCUCCAAGUCAUACUAGACAGACUAAAUACAGUUACAUAAUUUGCAUGGACAAAAUGGUUCCCUUUAAAAAAAGUCAUGUGAAACUUACAGAGUUUACAGUUUUCAUAGUUUCACUUAACUGUUAACACGUUUUUUCUUCUACGACUUAAAAUAACAGAUGCGAUAAUGGUGCAUUAUAUUUCCUCUGCAGAGAUCAAGCGGGAUUGGUCGGACCAUGCUCUGUGGUGGGAGCAGAAGCAGCGCUGGCUGCUGCGGACAGCCUGGACUCUGGAGAAGUAUGGCAUCCAUGCAGAUGCCCGGCUGCUCUUCAUGCCUCAACACAAACCCCUGAAGCUGGGCCUGCCUAAUGGAAAAACCUUAAGACUGAGAGCCUGCUUCUCCAAUCCAGUCUUUCAGACAGUGACUGGCAUCUGCAGACAGCUUAGUGAGUAUCAACCCUCUAGCUGUGUUCCCAACUGUCCUCCUUUUGUCUUACCUACCAUCUUCUUUUCCUUUUCCUCCUUCUUUUGGUCUGUCUGUCUUUGUUAGAGUCUGUCAGGGUUAAUGUGACCAGACCAACAGAGACAGACAAAGGAUGUAGAGCUGCAAACCAGCACACUGUUUACAAAGAAAGGCUCUCCAAGCUCACGGGCAAAAGAGAAUGGAUGUCAGAAUUCAGACACCAGCUGUAAAGAUAUGCUUAAGAUCAGUACUGUAACACGGAUGAAUUGGGGGUGAAAAAGUGGAUCUUGACAGAUGUAGUACAUUAGGUGGGACCUAUAGAAUAAACGUUUUGAAAAGGACAAGAUGUGGUGGUUAAUAUUUGUAGUUGACUGAAAGAGAAGAGUAACAGGACUAGACAGAAGAUUUGGAAAGAUAUAUAAAUACUGAUGAAAAUACAUUUUUUACUUUCCUUUCAUAUUUUACCACUUUUCCCUCUAUACACCCUUCUUUUAUCUAGUCUUUUGCAUGGUUUGAUGUUUCUUCUGCCUACGUGUGUCCUGCAUAAACGAUUCAUCACCCUUUCAACUAUUUUCCUGAACAAAGGGGAAGUUUGACCCUGACCUCAUUUGAACACACAGUCUUACAGUCCCGAGUUGGGUGUGCUAUGGUUGCUUCACAGGGUCACUUUUUAAAAGGCAAGAAGUUAGCUAAUAAGCUGUCAAGCUGAAAACUUAAAGAAGUGUUAAAGUAUUUUUUUUAGAUUCUUCUGGAAUAGGAUCAAGUAUUGGUGGGCAUUAGUCUGUAAACAAACCUUGAAGCACUGUUGUAAAUGUAGUUUGAAGUUUAUGACUGUAAAAACAUUACUUGGUUCACAAAUCUUGUGUUCAAGUAAUUGCAGGUUAUAAAUUUAGCUUUAGCUGAAUUAGACAAGAAAGAUUGAUAAAAUAUGACAAAACAUGCCACUAUCACACCACAGACAAGUUUAACUUUGCAACUGGACAGCUCAUCAGAUAGUCGUGGGCGCAAAGAGUAUUCUUCAAAAAUGUUUACUCAGUAAAGCAUUAUUUUACCACAGCCAUUCAUCUUCUCUGUUCCGACUGCAGAUAUCCGUCACCCCGAGGAGCUGUCACUCCUUCGUCCUGUAGAGGAGAAGAAAAAGAAGAAAGACAAAGACGCAGCUGAAGAGAUCUACGACCUGACUGAGGUGCCCCUCUCCUCGGGUACACUCCUUACACUGAUUUCAUGUUUAUUUAUUUUGUACAUGCAGAACAGUAAAAAUCCGUGUGAAAUAAAAUCUGUGGCUUUUACAACUUCCUUAAAUUUCCCACUAUUAUGACCCCUAUCAAUGACUGAACUAUUAGUACAAAAAAUCUAAAUCUAAAUUAAUUUACGUGAAAUAAAUGAGCAACAUAUAAGAAAUGAUCAGCUUUUUACAAUGUCUACCAAGUGCACUUCUUGGAAAAGUUUGUAGUUAACACAAUUAUAUGUCCUUUUCAGUAUCACGGCCCAGCCUGUACAAUGGCAUGCCAGCUCAUUUUGCCGACUCACCUCAGAUGGAAGAAAUCUACAAGAUGCUAUCGGCCACCCAGCCUCCCCCCGCCCCCGAGGUCAUAGCUAAGCAAUACCGGCCAGCCAGUGUAGUGGACAAGGCCCACAUCCACGGCAGGUUUGCAUCCACAUAUAUAAUUGUAAUUAACCCUUUACACAGGAUCAGUCCAGAAAAAGACAAUAUCAUAGUAAGGGGGAUAUCAAUUGUGGUAUGCAUAGUAAGCAUUCAUGUGUUAGGUUCUCUCAAAAUAUCUAAAUUCACGAUUUGUUUGCUGUGUAUAAAGAGACAAAAUCGAAUCCAACAGAUAUCUUCAAAAACGUUUGUAUCUUGCUGACUUUUGAAAGUCAAAUAUUUUCUUUACUUGGAUUACUUUAUGUGGAAAUUGUGAAAACAGAGCUUUUCAAACUUGUAGCUAACUUUCUCAUUUGAUUUCGGAUACCAUGACAAGGCAUCAAUACAAAACUAUGGCUAUUUCACAAAUGUAAGAGAUGAGAAACACCCCAUUUUUUUUAUAUCUGUACACAUAUUAAAGGGAAAUACAGAACAUUUAAGUUGACUGACAGUAUUGAAAAGUCAAUAAUAUAAUAACCCACAUGUGCACAUAACUUUUCAUGUUUAUUAAAUAUAAUCAAUACUUUCCCUUUCAGGUGGUUAGACUCCUCCCGUUGUCUCAUGCAGCAAGGCAUCCAAGAAAACGACCGACUGUGGCUUCGCUUCAAAUACUAUUCUUUCUAUGACAUAGAGCCAAAGGUGUGUGUAAUUGUGAACACCUUUUGAAAACACAGAAUUUGUGUACCCUUGUGUGUUUAGAAUUGACUCACUAUUUAUCCUUGGCUGUGCAGUAUGAUGCAGUGCGUUUGAGCCAGCUGUAUGAGCAGGCACGCUGGGCCAUCCUGCUGGAGGACAUCGACUGCACCGAGGAGGAGAUGAUGCUGUUCGGAGCUCUGCAGGUAUAAAACUUUGCUGCUGUGCAACAAAACAUAUUUGAGACAGCGGGGCUGGAAAAAAAGAUGCAGGAUGUUGAAAAAAGUGGAUAUCUUCUAAAUGUUUCCAUAUUUAUAGCAGAUGCAGAGUUACAUAGAAUAGCCUACUUAAAGUAAAAAUCUGCUUGACUUUUCAACCUAUUUAUAGGUAUUACAAAUUCAUUGAGACACCAGAAACUGCAUGUCUGAAAUGUUGCCAUAAGGAAAAUCUUUUUGACUUUCCAAACAUUUCAGUUUUUUUCUUGAUAAAAUGACACUCAGAGUUAACCAAACUGUAUGACUGAUGAAUCCUAUGCUACUAGAUAAAUACAGAAAUAACUUUAUAUGUGGUGUGAGAUAAAAUACUGCAUACCCUGACUUACAUUCUGAUUGUAUGGGUUUUAAAGGGCAUAACAUUUGAUGGACUGUCAUGUAGAAGAAAUCAGAUCCUGAUCGUCUAUUUUUUGCUGUGAUGUUGACAUUGUUAAUAAUGAAAGUUCCUUAUAAAAUACAUAUUUUUAGUAGAUCACAUGUAUCAGUCCCCUAUUGAAGGCUUGCAGCUAAUUAAAGCCAUCCUAGUUUCACUUCAGUUCAGUCUUUCAAAUGACCAAAAGAUGUUCAAAACAUUCUCCCACAGUACCACAUCAGUAAGGUGUCUCAGUCGGAGCCUCAGAUGGUCAGCUCUAAUAGUGCAGCCAUGGACGACCUGGAGUCUGCCCUGCUGUCCCUGGAGGUCAAGAUGGAGGGAGAGAGCAGCUCUGCAUCUGAAAUGCUGGUCAGACAUGAUGGAUUUUCUCAUUUAACACAGAGACAGUUGGAUUUAGAGAGAGGGUGUCCCACCUUAAAUCCUGACAGACCUCACAGAGACUGAGUGGACACAUCACUUUGCCGCCUGCAAAGAAGCAUCUUUUAAAGUCUCAUUAUUUCCUCAUUAGAGGCACAGAGACUAGAUGUUUUUCUAAAAUACCAUUAGUUACCAAGUUCUUGAUGUUCUAGGACUGAAGUUACAAAAGUUUAUAUAGCUUAGUGUCACUUUAAUGAUGUCAAAACACAGCAGGAGGGAUAUAACACAGAAAAGAAGAAUGAAUCCAAACUAUUCAUCUUUUAAUUCUUAUCUUCUCAUUAAAUAUAUAUAUAUGUUUUUCAUCCAGGAAAACAUGACUGCACCUGAGCUCAAUGAUUAUCUGAAGAUUUUCAGGUAAGACUUAUUUCUCCCCCAUUAGCACCAGCAAAGUCCCAGGGUAGUAUUUCAUGAAGUCAUUAACAAAUAAAUAAAAAGUUUGUUUUUUAGUUGUAUCAGCUGCUUUUUGUUCUUCUGUGGCUUUGCAGUUGUUACAUACAGUAUCAUUGUGAAUAGAUUAAUAUCUGUGCAGCAUUGCCUACAUGAUUUUUCAUUUUUUUCAAAAAGAAAUGCAUCUCACCCUCGUCUCAGGAUAAGAGAUAUCUUUUGAUUUCAAAGUGGGUCAUGACAUUCUUAAAACUGCUGUGAGAAACUUUUGGUUUGUGUUGGUACUGGCGCCUCCUGUGGACAAAGUGAUACCUCUACAAAAAUGUCAGCAUCCAUGGACUUCAAAAACAUUGCAAUUAAAACAGACAUGGGAAAUGAAAGCUGUAUUUUCUCAUUUUUGCCUGUUUAUACCAAGUAACAAUAGAGCAAAGCACUAAUUACUUCUGGAGGAAAUUCAUAUAUUUCACUUUUCCCUUUUGUAACCUUUAAUAUCUGACUUCUUGAAUAUUCUCUUGAUCAUCUGUUUCAGGCCAAAAAGGCUGACUCUGAAGGGAUAUAAGCAGUACUGGUUUAAGUUCCAGGAUACCUCGAUCUGCUAUUUCAAGAGCAAAGAGGAAAGUAUCGGAGAGCCCAUUCAACAGAUUAACCUUAAAGGUAUUGGAUUUACUAUUUCGUUAUAAUAAAUUAGGAAGGAGUGAGGAAGCAGUCAAACCUUUUAUUCACCCUUGUGCGGAUCACUUCUGAGCUUUUUUCUAGGCUAAGGCUAGAAAAAAAAAUUGGCUCUUUAAACAAAAAUGAAUCCAAAAGUAAAGAAAUUGAAGUUAGCAUGAAGAUACAAGCUACAUGAAGCUUUUCUAUUUGUUCUUCUUAUGCUUGAUUUCUUUGUCAAACCUGUACAUGACUCAUGUCUGUGUUGGCUGUGGUGUAAUAUUUCUCCUGCACACAGGAUGCGAGGUGGCUCCAGAUGUGAAUGUAGCAGCACAGAAGUUCCUAAUUAGACUCCUGAUACCAGCGCCAGAGGGCAUGAACGAGGUCUACCUGCGCUGUGAAAACGUGAGACCACACACACAUUCCUCUUCAUCUCUGUACAUGUGACAUGUUGUCAUUGCACCAGCUCCUUUCAUCACACAGUCUCGACUCUCUGUUGUUGUUUCUUGCCCUCCAGGAGCAACAGUAUGCUCAGUGGAUGGCUGCGUGUCGACUGGGCUCCAAAGGCAAGACUCUGGCUGACAGCAGCUAUCAGAGUGAGAUCCAGAGCAUCCGAUCUUUCCUGGCAAUGCAGAAGACCAGCAGUGGUUCCCAUGGCAACGCAACUGCCAGUGAUGAAAGCAUCAAUACUCACAGUCUAGUAUCACCACGCUACCACAAGAAGUACAAAACCAAACAGGUACAACUUCAAAAUAAAGAAUAUGAUGAAUUAUCUGUCCUUGGAUUUCUGAAAGCAGAAUAAUGUGGCUUUAAUUGGCCAACACAUCAGGUGAAAGUGUGCCAAUUGAGCUGUUCUGCUGCUGAAAGUGCUGCUCAUUUUUUCCUCAAGGCAGCAAAAUUAUAAUUACAUCUGGCCUUUGACCUUGUACUUGCCCCUUCCAGCUGACCCCUCGUAUCCUGGACGCGUACCAGAAUGUGGCUCAGCUCUCUCUGACAGAUGCAGUGAUGCGCUUCCUGCAGAUCUGGCAAGCUCUGCCUGACUUUGGCCUCUCCUUCUUCGUUGUCAGGUGAACUUUUAAAGUUCCGUUAAAGUCCUUACAGAACAGAGAGUCUGCUCGCUGUCAAAAGUUGGCAGGAUUUAAGUUAAAUUUAAAAUGUGAUGGGCACAUACUGUGUAUAAAAGCAGAUAGCAAAGGUGUAUUGAAUACUAUUAACUUAAGAGGGCAUGACAGAAAACACUUGGGGUUUUGAGAUAAGAUAAAAUAAGAUCUCAAAUGGAAAUUCAAUAAAUAUAAUAAAUAAAUAUUUUUGUUUGUAAAUCUGCGUUUACAGGUGAGAAAGCGACAGUAAGCUACAAUCUAAAAGUCCAUUACUACUUUCUGUCUAGAAUGAUACUAUCCUGUAGAGAAUUACAGAUACAGGCCUUUUUCAGAGAGUGUUUUGAUACGUCUUUCCUGUGAGAUGUGAAAAACAUCAAGUGCCUGCUCCAAGGUUAUUAGAGACAUGAGACUAAUUCAGAAUUGAAAACUCAAACUUCUACCUCAGUGUGACUCAGCAAUCAUUCACAAUCGUUGGAGUUUAAGAUCUAUUAUUGACCCUAAAAAUUUUUGUAGAAAAGAAGCCUGAAGUGUUUUUUUGUGCCUGACAGGUUCAAGGGAAGUCGAAAAGAUGAGGUUCUGGGCAUCGCUCCCAACCGCCUGAUUCGCAUCGACUUAGGUGUGGGUGACGUUGUGAAGACAUGGCGUUACAACAAUAUGAAGCAGUGGAAUGUCAACUGGGACAUCAGACAGGUGAGGCUGAAACUUCUGAAGGAGUCUGGAGGAUCUCAAACUUCAGUCUUAUAGAGAUACUUUGAAUUAGCUAUAAAGGGACACUCUAAAGUUCUGGUUUGGAGAGGGUCUCUAUGAGUGUUUGUGUUACUGAGUACAGGCGGCACAAUUAAGAGCAGAUCUUUUAAAGGAGCCUCUACCUUUACAUCACAACACAUUUUGUACAAGAUAAUUACAAUUUUUAAUUCCACAUCUCAGCUUUAAUACCUUCCUUUUUGUGCUUCUUGUCCUCUAGAUGGCCAUAGAGUUUGAAGGCAACGUCAACAUCGCCUUCGGCUGCGUGACGGCAGACUGCAAAAUCGUUCACGAGUUCAUUGGAGGUUACAUUUUCAUGUCCACACGCAGUCGUGAGAAGAGUGACACACUCAAUGAGGAGCUUUUCCACAAGCUGACCGGAGGCCAUGAAGCACUCUAAGACUGCGACACACAAAUCCUUCACAGCUCACAAUGAUUUCUGUGAGUGCCAACCACGAGGGAGAGGAUUUUAUGCUUCAUUCAGUCCUCUCUAAAACAUCUCAACAGUACAACAAAGGGUCAGAAGAAGAUUCCUUUCAUGUGUUAUAACCCACUCUGUCAGUGCAGACACAUUUUUGUAUAAUCUUUGUUACACACACACAGACACGCUGUCAACGGACCAGCUAUGUCAGAGAAAUGAUCACAAAGUACAUCCAGACAGCUUAUGUUGAUCCCUUCACUUCAGAAUGAACCACAAUAUUUAAAGUACCCCUUUACUUAGAUUAGAAAGUAUCCCUUUGUCCAGCACUGCACUCUUACUUCAAUUUUAGUUUUUUUAUUUGUGGCACAUAAUAGAAGCCACAAUAUUAACCCCAUGAAUAAAAAAAAAAUUAAGCAAAUAUGGCUUGCUUCCCAAACUAACUUGAAUAAACACCAUUUCUUGAGAAAAAAAACACCAAAACAUUUUUCUCUUUUGUUUUCACUCCUUGUGCUCCUGACAUAUAUGGUGCUCAUCUAUUUUUGUCUUAAACAGGAAGUUUUGCACCAUUUAUCUUCCCUCACUUGCUGUGUUUGCAUGUGUGUGUCCAUAUCUUACAAGAAACGGUUAAGGCAAAAGCCAGUAAACCCCAGAGUAAAACCACAGAGCCUGCAUCCUCUGCUUCUCCAUACUUAGUAAUGUGACCAACACAGAGACACAAUGACCUUUAAAGGUAUGAGUUAAAGGCCUGACUGCUUCUUUCAGUGUGGGGGGUUUUCUGUAAGCUGGUGAUAUAUUUAACAUGUAGAAUAAUGUUAGAAUAAAUAACUGAGUAAAUAAAAUGUGUUGUCAGCUAGUAUCAGAUGGCUAAAAUGUCUCACAGAAACACACCAUCUCAAUCCUUUUAAUAAUAAAACAAAAAUAAUAAGUUAAUCAUUUGAGUUCUGCUAAGGAUGAGUCUCCUCAUGCUGAACAAAAUGCUGCCUUUGUAUCCAGGAUAAGCAACAACCAACCCCUGGAUGCUGGAAGUCCAGUGAAUCUUUCUUUGACCAGUGAUGGAGCAGUAUCUUCCUCUGCUUUUACUGCAGUGGCAGGAUACUUCCUGAAAAAUAGAACAAAGUAUGUUUAUUCCUUGAAUCAAGCUGUAAAGGAUAAGAAUUGAUUUUUUCCCUUACUUGUAGGUCUCAGUCUUAAGGCUUGGCUGAAGUAUUUAGGAGGGAGUUUCCCCUCUGCGUUGCCUGUAGUCAGCAAUACGCCGUUUUCUGACCAGAAGAACUGAAUACCAUCUGUACAUGAAAAAUAUGUAAGAGAGCUUCUUGGUAUACACAGAGGCUGUAUUGAGUAUAUUUGGCAGUGCUUAUCAGGUGCGGACUUUACCAGCAAGAGCUUUAGGGACAUCAAUAUACACUGCAAUUUCACAGUCUCUCCUCAUGCCUGGCAGGGAGAUAAAUGACAGAGUAGAACCUAUUUGUCAAAAUGUUAAGCUGUCAGCACCAACACACUCUGGUCCCCAACUCUCUCUCUCUCACACACACAAAAACAGUUUACCGCUAAUGACUCCAUCCUCCUCUGGCAGGCCGGGUGCCAGGUGGAUGUGCGUUCUCUUCAUGCGGCUCAGGCCCUGCUGCUGGAUGGAGCUCCAGUAGCGGAGAUAGGUGCCAUGAACAGCCUCCGCAGGACAGUCAGAAGAACCAGCCAGGACUGGUUUUAGCUCCAAGUCCUGUACCUGAACAUAUUUAUGCAACCAGUAUUAAGACAGGGUUUAAGAAAAAGGGCAUAUGAGUGGAUUUUACAACCAAAUUAAAUCCUUAAAAACAAAAAAAAA